GUCUUCCUGGUUUCAUGGCAUAGCAAACUGCCUUCCCCUUUAAAUGUGUUGUGGACCAAUCCAAUGUGAAAGUUGUGGCCAGGAGAGGAUUAAAAUAACUAAGAUUUCUCCUGGAAGAUUAAAUAACGAGUGGAACUUCAUAGUUCCUCAGGGUUUCCACGGAUCAGCCAGUACACUUGCAGAGACUCUCUGUCGGUGUAAAGGCAGGAAAACCGGCUGUGGAAUGGCUUUGCUGACCUUGCACAGAAAACCGUCUGUUUGCACACCGGAUGAACCCAUCCCAAGACGAGGAAGAUUUCAGAAAAGAGAAAGUUUCGCCCUGGUUAAGGGGGCAGUGCUCCUUCUGGAAGAGAGAGAGAGGGUGGGAUUACAAGAAGAAACCAUACGCCCUCGAGCCUCUGACACUCAACGCAGACAUUUGAAUGCAAUGAUUUCGUUACUACGACCAGAGGACACAGUCAAACUGGCUGUGCGUUUGGAGUCGGUGAGCCCAGUUAGACUGAGAUAUUUGCUCAUAGUUGGCACCCUUAACGAUAAACAGGAGAGUGUACUACUUGGCAUGGACUUCCGUGACUCUAACAGUGAUGAAUGCACCAUUGGCCUUGUCUUGCCGAUAUGGAGUGACACACAGGUUUACCUAGAUGGAGAUGGAGGUUUCAGUGUGACAUCAGCAGAAGUGACACGAAUCUUCAAGCCUGUGUCCAUUCAAACGAUGUGGUCAGUGUUGCAGGCACUGCAUGGUUGCUGUGAGCGUGCUGUGCGUGGCGCUGUCAUUCCUGGCUGUGGGCUGGAGUGGGCACAACAUUACAGAGAGCAUGUGGAAUCCGACCAGCACUGCCUUAAUGAAUGGGGGGCCAUGACUGGCCUGGAGUCAGUCAGAAAGCACACUGGAGGAAGUUCAUCAUCUGAUCGGCAGUCGGUUGAGAGGGAGAUCAAAGCUCAGCUGCGGGAUAUCAUGAGGACUGAGGACCUGGAAAACAUUACCUCAAAGCAGGUGCGAACAGCCAUGGAGUCCAGAAUAGGCAUAGACAUGAAGGACUAUAAAGAAUACAUUGACAAUGAAAUGAUGGUCACAAUGGCACAGAUGGACAAACCCUCCAGAAUCUUGGACUACCUUUAUUUGGGUUCAGAAUGGAAUGCUGCCAACUUUGAAGAACUACAAAAGAACAAUGUGGGCUACAUCCUGAAUGUUACCAUGGAGAUUGACAACUUUUUCCCACAAUCCUUCACCUAUAUGAAUAUAAGAGUUUAUGAUGUGGAGUCAACGGAUUUACUCUCACACUGGAACAACACAUACAUGUUCAUCAAUGAAGCAAGGAAGAGUGGACAGGCCGUACUGGUGCAUUGUAAGAUGGGCGUCUCUCGCUCUGCCUCCACAGUAAUCGCUUUUGUGAUGAAGCAGCAGGGUUGGACUUUAGAACAAGCCCUCAACCACGUCAGAGAACGACGGCCUAUAGUGCAGCCCAACGAAGGGUUCCUCAAACAGCUGCAAACAUAUAGUGGCAUCCUCAGUGCCAGUAAACAGCGCCACAGUGCCCUCUGGAGGAGGAAGUCUAAACCAGAUGUCCGUCAGCCAUCUGUCCACAACGCACCAGCCACAGAGAGUGGGCAUGAGCAGAAAGACGAAGAAGAGGAAGAUUCAGAGAGCCCAGAAGAAGAAGAAAGCAGUGAGGAGGAGGAGGAAACAGAUGUCUUUGAUGAGCAGCUGGAUGAGAAUAUUCUUGACACGCCUGCGGGAGAAACAGCCACAUCCAACCCAUUUAUUUCUGUACAAGAAAGUGAUAAGGUGUCUUCAAGCCCCAGCAGAAGUGGUAGGAUGGAUCUGUUUUCUCUUAUGCAGUCUAUACAGCUUGACGAUGAGGACAGAGGGAUCGAUAAAGAGAUCACUUUCGGGCAGAGGCAUUCUCCUGCACAACGAAGGCGGAGUCACGGACGGAGGUGGCUGACGUAUCAAAAAACACAUGUAGAUGUUUCACCUGAACCAAGCAGCAGACAGACACAGAACAGAAACCAGGAUGAACCGGGUCUCUGAAGCUCUUAUAGGGAUAGUUCAUCCAAAACUCAUUUACUCACCCUCAUGUUGUUCCGAACUCAUAUGACUUUCUUUCUUCCGUGGAAUUCAAAAGGAGAUACAGUAUUAGGCACUAUGUUCCUGUUCACUUCGACUGCAUCUAUUUUCCAUACAAUGAAAGUGAAUGGUGACUGAGACUGCCAUUCUGCCCUUUCAUGCUCCACAGAAAGAGGAAAGUCAUACAGGUUUGGAACAACAUGAGGGUGAGGAAAUGAUGACAUAAUAUUAUUUUUUGGGUGAACUAUCUCUUUAAGAAAGGGUCAUGUUAAAGGGAUAGUUCACCCAAAAAUAAAAUAUUCUCUCAUUAUUUACUCACCCUUAUGAUAUCCCAGGUGUGUAUGACUUUUUUUCUUCACCAGAACACAUUUGAAGAAAAAAUAGAAAAAUAUCUAAACUCAGUAGGUCCUUAAAAUGCACCAGCUGUUAAAUUAAUGUCCUCUAAAGCUUUUGGCAUCUUUCCAAAGCUUUUGGUGUAAAACAAAUAAAUAUAAGUACUUUUUUUAACUUUCUGGUCAGAAACAGUACGAGCGUGUGAUGUAAUCGCAUUGGCAUUUGAAACACAUGAGAACUGACGCACGUGAGUCACAGCCGGAAGAGCAGCGCUGUUUACAAGUGAGGAGGAGGAACGCUAUACAGAAGCUUCAUUGGUUUUGGUUUAGAUCUGUAUUUAUCUGUUUCUUUACUCACAAUGGUGCGUUUGUGUGCUUAUCCUGGAUGUCUCAACCGAGUGGGGAACGUGAGAUUGCGCCUGUAUCAUGCCAACGUGAAUGCGUCACACGAGAGACCGUGUGAUCUCCACCCUCUCGUGAAGCUUACCGGAGCCAAAGAUUUAGAGUUAAAAAGUACUUCAAUAUUGAUAUUUUUUUCUCACCAAUAGCAAUCUUAUCGCUUUAGAAGACAUUAAUUUAAUUGCUGGAGUCGUAUUGAUGACGUUUAUGCUGACUGUCUGUGAUUUUUGGAGCUUAAAAAACCGGAUCACCAUUCACUUGCAUUUUAAGGACCUACUGAGCCAAGAUAUUUUUAAGGUUUCAUUUUUGUUUUCUAUUAUUACAUUUCUUCAAAUGUGUUCUGGUGAAGAAAGUCAUACACACCUAGGAUAUCAUGAGGAUGAGAAAAUAAUGAGAGAAUUUUCAUUUUUGGGUGAACUAUCCCUUUAAGUAAUAUGGAGGGAGCGGAAGAGGGUGAAAAGGUGAGGAAAAGAAACACAAAUAGGGAUACUAAAAUAUAGGACACUCUUGCACACAAACCUCAUUCCUCUAUAUCACUCCAAGAGUCAUAACAUGAUAAAAAUGAGGAAAAUCUACACAGUGAAAAUACAUAUCAGUUCAACAAGCAAUGGAUAUAUCUCAUAAAUUUUUCCCUCACCUGUCCAUCUACCCCAAAACUCAUAAACUGGUCAAUUUCAGGUGGAUUAUUAUUAAAAAAUAACUACGAAGGCUGAUUUCUUUCAGCCACCCCUUGUCAAGUGAGUAUUAAUACAAGAACUGUUUUAUUUGGAGCAACAAUUUGUUGUUACCUUGUGCCUUUUGGAAUCUCAUUUGCACCUUCAUGCUGAGCCAUAAAAUUCAGUUUAUUUCCCACAUUUUAAUAUGGUAUUAUAAGGGAGGUAGAACAUUCCUUUAGCUGUUUUCUCUCAUGUCAUUCCACAUUAAACUUGAGAUAUUCCUUUCUCUUAUAGCAUUAUAGUUUUGUGUUAUUCUCAAUAAAUACGUGACUAAUGAGUGUGAUCUCCCCAUUCCUGGUGAUACUACUCAUUUUAGGAGUCCUAUGCAAUAAUCUACUCAUCUUUAUAGCUGUUUCCUCUACAUGAAUGUGAAGCUUUAUGCUGGCUAUGUAAGGUUUGGCAAGUGUUUUCAAUAAAGCAAUCAAGGAUUAAACGUUGAGCUCUAAAACUUUGAGCUACUUACACAUCUUUUUAAAAUUAGACAUGUUGUCUAAAAUGUUAUAUAUUUAACCUGUACAAAAUGCAGGAGACAAAACCGGAGAUUUUUUUAUAAAUGUGCCACAAUUGUUAUAUGACUUACUGUAAGCAGUCUCUGCUGGCUUAGGUAAUCAUUCUGCAUGCCACACUUCUGUUGCUUCAGUGCCUUUGAUUUAGAGAGGUGGACCAAAAUAACUACAUCAUUUGUUGCUUUUAAUAUACAUGCAGUUCUAACACAGCUAACUCCAACAUGUGUCCUUGGUUAUAUGGGUGGUUGAUUUGUUUUCUUGUAAGCACUUGUGCAUGAUGUCCUAUUUAAAUAUUGGACUGUAUGCAUGCUCUAUGUACUGUAUGUAAGUGUCUUUGUAAAGCAUGUGUCCUGAGUAUAUGUAUAAUGAAUAUACAAUAUCUGCUGUAAAACCCAUUUGUUAAAAUGUUUAUACUGUCCUCGCACAAAGUGCCAUUUUCGUGAAACCAAAGUUAUGUUGUGGAAUGUUCUUAAUAUCAAUGCACCACUGGUUUGCAGGUAUUUCCCAUGAGAACAAAUGAAACCUACAUAAUGUGUAAUAGUGAUAAUGACCGAUGGAGCCCACAGCCUGCAAAGUGCUGAUUUUCUUUAUGUAUCAAAUGCACAAUGUUUCAUGCCUUAUCAACUUAAGGAUCCGUGAAAUAUUUGAUUCUGAUGUUACUCCCAUUUCCAUUGUUGGUAUCAGAUGCCAUUAAAUAUCAUGGUUGCUGUUUUUCUA